AUGGAGAUGGGAACAUUAUUAAUGCAAGCAAACAAAGCUUCCCUCAAUGAACAUAUGUUACUUGAAGAAGGAAUGUCAAGCACAACAAAUGAGGGAAUCAAUGUGGCAUACAUACCUAACCUUGCUGAAGAAGUAAUUGAUUUUAUAAUUGAAGACAAUACAAAAAGGAAAAAGAAAUUGGAGGAAAUUCAAAUAGUAAUAUCUUAUUACAGAGUGAAUAAAAUAGAGCAAGGACAAAUUUACAAGGACAAGAACACAAUCAAAUCCACUCUUAGAUACUAUGUCAUGCUACAUAACUUCCAGUUCAAAACAAAAAGAUCAGAACCAAGAGAGUACCUGGUUACCUGCGCAGAUGACACAUGCAGCUGGUUUGUGAGAGCUUCUAAAUACAGAAAUCAAGAUUUAUUCAAGGUACGAAAAUGCAUUCCAAAUCAUACUUGCGCUGUUGAAAUUGUUAUGGAGGAUCAUAGGCAAGCAAAAAGCAUCAUAAUUGGCGAAUUAAUAAAGAAUAAGUACAAGUCAAUCAAAAGAAAUUAUACUCCAAAAGACAUCUUGAAUGACAUGAAUGAUGACUUUGGAGUAACCAUGGGAUACACAAAAGCAUGGAGAUCAAGAAAAAAAACUUUGCUUCUACAAGCAAAUCCAGGAACAGUAACACAUCUACUCACAAACAAUGAAGAUAGAUUCAAAUACCUAUACAUAGCUUUCUCUAACUCAAUAAAAGGUUGGAGAUACUUGAGUCCUAUCAUUGUUGUUGAUGGAACUUUCUUAAAAAAUGCACAUGGCGGCACCCUAUUUUCAUCAUCAACAUUAGAUUCAAACAACAACAUUUUUGUCUUGGCUUUUGGAAUAGUAGACUCAGAAAAUGAUAACUCUUGGCUUUGGUUCUUCUCCAAACCGAGAGACACGUAUGGAGAACCCGAAGGAUUGGCUAUUGUUUCCGACAGACACAAGACCAUAGAGAAUGCAGUACAUACAGUGUACCCAAAUGCGUUCCAUGGAGCUUGCAUGUAUCACUUGCUCAAUAAUUUGAUAAGCAAGUAUGGAAAUCAUGGAGAAGAGCUACAAAUGAAUUUCAUUGCAGCAGCAAAAGCAUACACAAAAACAAAAUGUGAACACUACAUGUCGGGCCUUGAUAGACUUGACAAACGCAUUAGACCCUAUUUAGAGAAAGCCAAGUAUGAAACUUGGGCAAGAUCAUACUCACCAACAAAAAGAUACACCAUGAUGACAUCCAACAUCGUAGAAUCGCUUAACACUGCACUAAAAGCUGCAAGAAAUCUCCCUAUUGAUAUCUUGAUUGAAUGUCUUAGAAGUUUGGUUCAGAAGUGGGUUUGGAACAACUCAAAUAAUGCAAACGGAACAUUCACAAAAGUGUCUACUGCAAUAGAAAAUGAGCUGAGACAUGACAUUGUUUCAAAAAUGAAGUAUGAGGUCUUGCCUUUCAACACAAUAGAAUAUCAAGUUCGUGAUGAAAAAGGUACCAAUUUCAUAGUAAAUAUACACAAUAGAACAUGUACUUGUAAUAGGUUUCAAGAAGAUGAAAUGCCUUGUGAGCAUGCAGUUGCUGUAAUUGCAAAGAGAAACUUGGGAGUGUAUGAUUAUUGUGCAAAGUUUUACAAAAUAGAAACUUUGAAAGCAUUGUAUGAUGAAAAUGUUCAUCCUUUGCCCCAUAAAGAUGAAUGGAAUCUCCCACAACACUUAGACAUGGUGGUGCUCCCUCCAAAGGUGACAAUCCCUGCAGGAAGACCAAGAAAGAAAAGAAUAAGAUCAAGAGGGGAACCAAAAGUAAAAAUCUCCCGUGGAAAAUUUGGUCAACCAUGA